GGAGAAGACGGUGUUCAGUUCGUGGGACAGGUCAAGACCUGUCGCAGGCGCCGGUGAUCGGCAAAAUGUCCACAUCCUGCAGUCGCCGAAGCCGCGCGCGGGCGCGGUGAACGGUGAUGGUUUCCAGCCGCCACUGCCUCCGGGCUGGUUUGCGUCAGUUCAACGAGUUGAUCAGGGGGCCUACUAUGAGCUCUUAGAGUAAUCCUAUUUAAGCCUGCCCCCAGAGCCCCGUCUGUAGUGGAAGAAAUGUGUUGGGAGUUAUUCCCGAGCCCGACACUAUUCGUCAGCCGAUCACGCUGUUCGAGUCAUCGCGGCUAUCGUACGCGCCACUGCGUGCGUUUGCGGUGGCGGUUGCGCCGCCCCUUGCCCCCGUGUCCGACUGGGGAGUGCCGCCGCCGUCGACCGCUGGAAGUAGCACUACACCGGCGCGUGCGGCGCCCCCAGGUCUUGUUGGACUCCUGCGCGGGGCGCGCAGUGGUCAGGAAGGCCGACUAUAAGGACACGUUUGCGCGCAGCCACUACACAAGCCAUGAUACACUCACUACGCAUGCGCACCGCGGCGUGCGCCAGCGACAGAUCUCCGCCUACGUUCAGUUCGCGCGUUCGCGACCCAGCGUUUGUACGUGUUGUAUAGAGUUCCGCCCGCCGCGCUCCGACCGCGCGGCUUUUGAUGUUAACAUACCGUAAUACGUAGGCCUUACGAAUAAACUAAGUGUGUAUU